AUUUUACGUGUUGUGAGGUCUUGUGUAUAAAUGGCAGUGUCAUUUUUACCACUAGACAGUUGUAGCUGUUUACAGAACUCUCUGGUUUGUGGGAACACAGAAACUACACAGCUCUACAAUGUCGGCUGUGUUUGUGACGGUUCUUGUGGUUCUUAAUGCAAUGUUAACCUGUGGCCUUAAAGUUGAUAUGACCAGAGAACACUUUUUCCAUGGGAAAAGUUUAUUUUGUGCACAACUCCAGUGUACAGAAAACAUAACAGAAGACACUCAGAUGUCAGCUCUUGUCAACAUGUCAGUCUAUAGGAUCAGUGAACCAGAAGGGAAGAUUUUGUUGGCGUCUAUUUCAGGAUCUGAUUCAAAGGUUCGCGAUUAUAAAAUAUCUGGGGUAUUAUCUGAGGGCAAACUAUCCAAACAUCACGGAGAACUGGUCUUGUCUUUCUCCAAUACUUCAGCCUGUAAUUUACACCAGUAUAAAUGUCAAGUAUAUUUUACCAAUAAGACAGGAGACACUGGAAUGCUAGAGAACAGAACAACGUCUUAUGAAAGAGAGAAAAUAAAGAAAUCUGUUUUGUUGAUGAAUUUGAAAGCUGAAACUUUGAACUACGUGAAAACUGUGGACACAAUGUAUGACUUUCUGAAAUCGUUUGAAGAUCCAGAAAAACUAAAAGAUGCAGACGUGUCAAUGUCCUUACAGAUGUCACAUUCUGAUAGAGAUUGGUACAGUGACGACACGGCUCAGAUUCCAUCAUCUACUGAGUUAAACAACAGUAACAAACACAUCAGCUCUAAUAAUGCUACAGACAUGCUUGAUGCUAAGAUAAAUAACAUCACACAACAAAUGCAAACAGUGAAUAACAGACUUAGAGCAAUAGACGUGGUUGAUGCUAAGAUAAAUAACAUCACACAACAAAUGCAAACAGUGAAUAACAGACUUAGAGCAAUAGACGUGGUUGAUGUAAAAAUAAAUAACAUCACACAACAAAUGCAAACAGUGGAUAACAAACUUAGAGCAAUAGACGUGGUUGAUGUAAAAAUAAAUAACAUCACACAACAAAUGCAAACAGUGAAUAACAGACUUAGAGCAAUAGACGUGGUUGAUGUAAAAAUAAAUAAAAUCACACAACAAAUGCAAACAGUGAAUGACAAACUUAGAGCAAUAGACGUGGUUGAUGUUAAGAUAAAUAACAUCACACAACAAAUGCAAACAGUGAAUGACAAACUUAGAGCAAUAGACGUAAAACUCAAUGAGGCCAUCACAAGGAACAACCAAACAAACCGAAUGAUAGAAGCUUUAAACACAACUGUACAAGAAAGUAAAAAGACCUACAACAUGAAUCCUUUGUUGUCACGGACGACACUUCAGUGUAAAAAGAACGACAAAACUGAUGUACCAGAACGAACGACCGUCAGACUUGGUCAAGAUAAAUUGGCUUUGUGCGACACAAAAACUGACGGUGGAGGUUGGAUCAUUUUUCAGAGACGUGUUUUGGGUGACGUGAAUUUUACGAGAGAUUGGAACGCCUAUAAACAUGGAUUUGGUUCAUUGGUUGGAGAUUUCUGGCUUGGGAAUGACUGGAUCUCUAACCUUACUAUGAUGGGGUACAAUGAACUGAGAAUCGACAUGACUCGAAAAGGUAUAAAGUACUACGCCCAUUAUGAUCAUUUCAAGGUAGACAACGAAGCAGCGUCGUAUAAAAUAUACAUGUCGUCAUUCAGUGGAAACGUUAAAGACAAACUAAGCUAUCAUCAUGCUAUGAAGUUUUCUACCUUCGACAGGGACAAUGAUUGGUUGAGCGAAAAUUGUGCUGGAACUUUUAAAGGUGGUUGGUGGUUUAGAGACUGUAGAGAAGCAGCUUUAAAUGGCGUCUGGGGUACAGCAGAAACUACUACAGGAAUAUUCUGGUAUGAGCUAUCAAGUGAUGGUUAUAUUGUAGACUCAGUUGAGAUGAAAGUACGUCAAGUGUAAACAAAGUAUCUGAAUAUGUUUUAAAUAUAGCUAUAGCUUUAUGUUUGUGUAGAAGACCUAUUUUUAUCAGACAAAUCUAUUCACCCAAACGUUCUUCUUUAAUUGUGAAGGGUCUCUGUGUUCUAUAACUAAAGAUU